AAUAAAAAGAAGAUAAAGAGAAAGAUGUGGGUCCAUCCCAUUAAUCAAAAGAGGGCUGAACUCGGAGAAUUCCAUCAUUUAUUUAACGAUUUAAAAGAAGAUGAAAAGAAAUUUUUUCAAUAUUUUAGAAUGUCGCAUAAUAAAUUCCUAGAACUGCUUGAUAUUUUAGAGCCUGAUUUAUCAUUUCAAAAUUCCUCAUUUCGAAGAGCAAUAUCGAAAGAAGAAAGGCUUGCCGUAGCAUUAAGGUUUUUUGCUACGGGAGACACAUUCCGAACAAUUGCGUUUAGCUACCGACUUGGAGAAACAACAGUUCGUAAAAUUGUUUAUGGAUGUUGCGAUGCAAUAUGGAAAAAUUUGGGACCACUGGUAAUACCUUCUCCUUCAAAGGAAACUUGGAUAAAUAGUGAAAGGGUGUUCAAUAAGAUGUGGAAUUUUCCAAACUGCGUUGCUGCCAUCGAUGGGAAGCACGUAGUUACCGACAAACCCCCCAAUAGUGGCUCCUUAUUUUUUAACUACAAGAAAACAUUUAGUAUUGUUUUACUUGCAUUUGUAGAUGCUCAUUGUAAAUUCAUUGCUAUUGAUGUCGGCGCCUAUGGACGAAAUAGCGAUGGGGGAAUAUUUGCAAAUUCAGCAAUCGGAAAGAAAUUGUUGAAAAAUACUUUAGAUUUACCUCAGGACAAGUCUUUACCUGGCACUAAUGAAAUUAUGCCCCACGUCUUCGUUGGAGAUGAGGCUUUUCCUUUGCAAAAACAUGUAAUGCGUCCAUAUCCAGGUAACGAAAUACUUAAUAACGAGGACGUUAAAAUAUAUAAUUAUAGACUUAGUAGAGCUAGGCGAGUUUCCGAAAAUGCUUUUGGAAUUUUGACAAAGAGAUUUCGUAUUUACCAGAGGCGUCUUCAAAUUAUCCCUGAGCACCUAGAUAAAGUUGUACUUGCUACAUGUUGUUUACAUAAUUUUCUUCGAAAUGAUACAUGUCAUUGGACUGAAGCUGACGAAGAUAACCAAUCCCCCCAAGGAUUAAGAGAUAUAUCGGGAAUAGGCGGAUCUUCAACUACAGUUGCAAUAGAGAUUAGAAAUAAAUUUAAAAAUUAUUUUAAUGGGACCGGGUCGGUGUCAUGGCAAACAGCAAUAGUAAGAAAAGGCAAAAGAAAAAACCUUGAAAUGUGAUUUUGGCUGAAUAUAU